AUGACUUUGUUUUCUAGAGGAUAUAAGUUGUGCGGAGCCGCGCAAGUGAUCUGGGAUCCACCGCCUACGGUCAGUGACCAUCGUCUAGAACACGCGGUCACCGAUCGCCAUUGCGAAACCUCGACUGAAGUCCGCGGACCAUACCAUCGACGUUACUCCGAUCCCGGAGGUGUUCCACCGCUACUGACCACGAGCAGCAAUUUCUCCACGCCGGCCUCCCACUACCUGAGGCCGGCAAUCACGGUUUUGAACGGCACGGCACGACACGUGCGUCGCCUAAGGACUCUCGCGGAGAGCCAACCUCCUUCACCGACCACCCACCGGCCGCCCAUAGGCUGUCCGCCGGUAUCUCCACGGCCACCCGUCGACCACUUUCCGGCUGCCCAUCGGCUGCCUGCUAGUAUCUCUAAGGCUGCCCGCGGCCACCCACCGGCUGCCCAUAGGCUGUCCGCCGGUAUCUCAACGGCCGCACGCCGGCCACCCACCGGCCUCCCAUCGGCUGCCCGCCGGCCACCCACCGGCCGCCCGCCGGCCACCCACCGGCCGCCCGUCGGCCACCCACCAGCUGCCAAUCGGCUGCCCGCCGGCCCCUCACCGGCCGCCCGUCGGCCAACCACUGGACGUCCGGCAAUCGAGCCUGCUGCCACACCGCCAUCACCACCUGCCCGGAAUCCAUCGCCCAUCUUCUCAGGAUCUGCCAAUAAACAAUAUAUCCAGUUACGCCCUGGGACCCGGGACAAAAGAGGCCUUCUGUGCCCACCCCGGAAGCUGCCGUAG